AUGAGCAACGAAACUUUGGAAGUAUUGGUCUACGGACUUGGAGCGAUUGGCUCAUUUUAUGCCUUCAUUCUCAGUCGCAGUGAGCAUGUUCGUCUGACUGUUGCUGCGCGGUCCAACUUCGAAGCUGUCGCUGCCAACGGAAUCAAGAUUGACAGUCAAAAUCACGGAAAGCAUCAUGUGAAACCCCAUAAAGGCAAGUCGGUUGCCGAUGCUAAACAAAAGUUUGACUUUAUUAUUUGUACAAACAAAGCUGUAGACCAAGCCAGCAGCGCGGCCGAUAUCGCACCUGGCGUGGGUGAUAACACGACUAUUGUCAUUAUUCAGAACGGUGUUGGGAACGAAGACGCGUUCCGUGAGCGUUUUCCGGACGUGACUAUCAUUUCAUGCGUGACGUGGGUUGGAGCAAGGCAACCAGAACCAGGAGUGAUCGAGCAUACAACAUCCGAGGAUAUGCAAGUCGGCCUAUAUCCAAACAAAGCUGGCGACGAGGCACGCGAGACCCAGCGCCUUUCGCAGUUCGAGUCUCUGUUAUCCAUUGGCAAGACCAUUUUCCAGAUCGUGCCCAACAUCCAAGUCCAACGAUGGGAGAAAGUCGUAUGGAACGCCGCGUGGAACUCCCUCACGGCUCUGACGCUCAUGGACACGCAUUCUUGGCUAAGCUCUUCAGACCUGUCAACACCAAUGACUAGAAAGCUGAUGAAAGAGGUCAUUAAUGUUGCAAAUGCUCUUGGCGUGCCUCUUGAAGAUGAGCUCAUCGACAAGCUUAUCGAUAAGAUCCUUCGCAUGCCACCUAUUGGGAGCAGUAUGCGGACGGACUAUGAGAACGGUAAGCCGAUGGAGGUUGAGGUUAUCCUGGGUUAUCCUGUCAAGAAGGGCCGGGAACUUAGUAUUGAUGUUUCCACGAUUGAAACUCUGUAUACAGUUCUGUUGGCUAUCAACAAACGGCUUAUAGGCGCACAGAGCGGCUGA